GUUGGCUAGAAUUAUCAACCAGAAAGUUUUGAUUUCCCUUCGGGUUCGUCGCGGGUGGAGAGUGGAUUCUGAAAAGUGCCAAAAAGUGGAUUUUCGCGAUACAUAGACUCGCACGCACCGCCCGGACCGGUUAGAUUACGGCUGGUUUAGUGCCCGAAGCGCACUUCCGGUGGGCAGCACCCGUCGUGUGGUUGAUGGCUCGGAUAUGAAAAACACCAAAAUCGGGAAGGUGGAUCAGAGAUAAUCACAGUCAGUCAGUGCUGGCGGAUAGAUAUUCUUCAGAAGGAAAAGGAGUGGUUCGGUGGUGUUCGUGUGUGCGAGCGUAUCCACACACCGUUUGUCUUGAUUUUUUCUCGCUCUGCCUUCGUGGGUGUGUUGGUGUGUUUAUUCAUAUAUGAGAUUUUCUGAUUAAUCAGAAGGGAAAUUUUUGCCGUGUCGUUUGAGACGGUCUGGAAUAAUAGUUCUAUUCUGCGACUGCGAUAAGGUCUGAAAUGAAAGUAUUUUGUGUUUUCUAGGAAAGUUUGCUCUUGUUCUAUGCGGAACCGCAGAAUGUGCAUAAAAAUUUAAGCGAUUAAAGUGAUGAAGUUUAGAAUUUAGAUCUUCUUUUUUGUGCGAUUUCUCUGGUAUUGGUGAAUCAAAGUGUUCUUUUCAUUCGAGUCGGGUGCGGAAGAAGGGUGGUACAUAAUUUCGAAAAUGUUUUCGUAUCUCAGAACCGAUUAGUGAAAUCCGGCAAAGUGUGCAGCAACAUAUUUUGACGAAAUCGUGGGCCCGUGACCAAGUUGGUACGAAUCGCUAGGGCGAGUUCGGGAUUGCGUAGGAUCAGAACCAGAAACCGGAAUCGUGUAUUUGAUUCCGGGAGUGUGUGCGAGGUAAUAAGAAGAAAACCGAUCCCACAGUGUAAGGUUGCGAAUCAAAGCAGACCCUCUGUGUGUCUCUCGCCCUCUGGUGAAUAAAUAUUCAUCCCGUGUUGUACUAGCAGGAGAAAAUAAUACAAAAAACACAAAACACUCACACUGCUAAUCGCGCUUGUGGUUGGAUAUCCCACGACGACAAUAACGCAAACUUCAAAUCAUCAUCAAUAUCAUCAUCGUCAGCGCGCAAUCAUCGAGGAACGACGACGACGACUACUACGAUUACGUCAAAAUGGCGCAUCAAAUGAUGCCCCAGUCAGUGAACUGCUCACUGGACGAUAUCGAUCUAAAUGCACUGAAGGAUCCCGCUGGAAUCUUCGAACUGAUCGAAGUGGUUGGGAAUGGAACCUAUGGACAGGUUUACAAGGGUCGCCACACAAAGACUGGACAACUCGCUGCCAUUAAGGUGAUGGACGUCACCGAGGAGGAGGAAGAGGAAAUUAAACUGGAAAUCAAUGUGCUCAAAAAGUACUCCAACCACCGAAACAUCGCCACGUACUAUGGUGCAUUUAUCAAGAAAACCUCGGCCGGCAAGGACGACCAGCUGUGGCUGGUGAUGGAAUACUGCGGAGCCGGUUCAGUCACAGACCUGGUCAAAUCGACGAAGGGCCAGAGCCUGAAAGAGGAAUGGAUCGCGUACAUUUGUCGGGAGAUCCUGCGAGGGUUGAGUUACCUCCACACGAACAAGGUGAUACAUCGUGAUAUCAAGGGUCAGAACGUGCUGCUGACGGACAACGCUGAGGUCAAGUUGGUGGAUUUCGGUGUAUCGGCCCAGCUGGACAAAACCAUCGGCCGGCGGAACACAUUUAUCGGCACGCCAUACUGGAUGGCACCGGAGGUGAUCGCGUGUGACGAAAACCGGGAUGCCACCUACGACAAUCGGUCCGACCUGUGGUCACUGGGUAUCACCGCGCUCGAAAUGGCCGAAUCACAACCCCCGCUGUGUGACCUGCAUCCCAUGCGUGCCCUGUUUCUCAUUCCCCGCAAUCCGCCACCCCGUCUGAAGUCCAAGAAGUGGUCCAAAAAGUUCCACGGAUUUAUCGACACGGUGCUAGUGAAAGACUAUCACCAACGGCCUUACACGGAGCAGUUACUGAAGCACCCCUUCAUCAAGGAGCAACCCACAGAACGACAAGUGCGGAUACAGCUGAAAGAUCAUAUCGAUAGGUGUAAGAAACGCAAGCAGGAGAAAGAACGUGACGAUUAUCGGUACUCGGGUUCGGAGAACGAGGAGGAAGAGGUGCAAACGGCCGGCGAGCCGUCGUCCAUCAUCCAGGCGCCCGGUGGUGACACACUGCGGCGGAAUUUCCAGCAGAUCCAGGAGGGCCGCACCCUGAUGCAGAAUGCCGAACAGCAGCAGCCACCGAAUGCCAACCGCAAUCAGAAGCCACAGCCGCGCGAUGAACGGAGUAAACCGCAACCAAUCGAGGAACCGGGACCCCCGUCACGACCAGCUCUACCUCAACGAUUGAUAGUGGUGCCGGAUCCGCCGGCAAAUGCAAACGCAAACCGGCCCUUGCCGCCAACCCCCCGCUCCGGCAGUGGUUCGUCCUCCCAGCCCCAGCAGCCGCCAUCGUCCCAGCAACAGACGCCACAGCAACCACCACGAAACUCUCAGAACAUCUUCAAACCAAUGCUGCCACCACGACGACCAGAGGAUUUGGACAUGUUAGCCGCACAACUAAAUGAAUUGGGCGUCUCCCAACAGUCACAGCAGGCCCAGCCGGAAGCGCCUCCUCGGAGCAACAGACAGCAGCCCCAACCACAGCAACAGCAGCAGCAGCAGCAACAAUCGCAACAGACGCAGCAACAGCAGCAGCAUUCCAGCAGUAGUGCCAGUAGCGGUAAGCCCGGGGUCGCCGCAUCCAACGGCAAUAACAACAGCAGCAGCGGCGGCCUCGGUAAUAACAAUAAUAAUAAUCACCAUCACGCUCAUCCGAUCAACCCGCUCGAUCCGAUCGAGAGUUCCGACUCGGACUCGGAACCGGAGGAACCGAACGAUCGGGCGCGAAACGACGGCACGCUGCUGGCCAGCGAUCCGCCAAAACCGCUGCCCGGUGGACUGGGAGUGUUGGCCGAGGCGGACCAGAACAAUCAAUCCUCGACAACAACGCCCGGGGGCAGUAACAAUAGUGUGCUGUCGCCACCCGGCGUCGGCAGUGGCGGAGGAGGCGGUGGCAGUGGUGGACCCCCAAAUCGACCCCUUCCACCCACACCGGACGACGACGACGCCCAGGGCGAUCGAACGCUGAUCAAGAGGAUUUUUAAUGUAAAAUGGAAAAGUUUCGAGAUCCAAAACACCAAUGACAAUAAAUCCACGUCUUCGAUUGGGACUACAACGUCGUCCGCUUCGACGGGAUCCACUCCGUCCGAGAGUGAGGAAGCCGUGCUGCUCAGGGAUUGGGACUUCGAACGAUUCUUCCCGUCGAACGAACGCCAGCGACCACAGCAGCGGCACUCCAUGUCCGAUAAGUCCUCGUCGUCGUCGCCGGCCGAUUCCAGCGGUCGACUGAACGGUCUUGACAAACUCCGGAAGGAACGCGAGAACAGCAAGGUAUCGAAUUUGGCAUUCGCCGAGAAAAAGAAGGUCGAAGAAAUGAACAACAAAAUACGGCUGGAAGAAAGAGUCAAAAGUGAAAUAUUCGCUCGUCAGAAUCAUAAACAACAAUCACCAGGAAAAUCUAGUCCCGCUUUGGCAACACAACCACAACCCCAGACGUCUCUGCAGCAAUCUCACAAACGACAAGAGUCUGACUCGAAACUUUCGCUCAAUUUUGUCCGGGGUUUUCGACGAGAAAACUCCGACUUUUUCCCACUGUCCAAACGUCACUCGGCUAUCCUCGGAGAACAGCCACCUAGUGCAUCCGGAGGUUCGAGACAAAUGUCCACCAGUGCCAUCCACCAGCAACAACGCUCCAGUGCCAUAUUUUCUCGCAACCGUACCAAAGGUGAACCCAUACUAACCGAUUUUACCAUAACCAAACGAGGCGAUGGAGAGGACCACAGACCAGUGACUCCACCGCGACCACCAGGUCCUAAUAAUGCUACACAGCAACAACAGCAGCAGCAGCAGCAAGCCACUACGACUACUACCGGCCGGAAAAUCUCCACACCCACUGCGCGGAAUCUAGAUUUUCUGCGACCACGUCGGGAAAAAACCGAAUCGGUGAUUUUUGUGCGCAAUUCGCCCACGCGGCAACAACUGUUCGACAGUCAGAAUCGUGCCGGCGAGAAUAGCAGUUUAGGAACGCCGGGUCAGCGUACCAGCAGCGUCCUGCCGGAUCUACUGAGCCAGGCUUCACCCGCCACACCGCCAAGACAUGACAAGUCCGCCAGCGAAGAGUACCGAGCAGCCGUCAGUUCCUCCGUCCAUUCCACACCCUCCAAGUCCUUCGUCGGCGUCACGGGCGCCGGCCUUAUCAACAGCAACAGCAAUAAUACUAGUUUUAACCAUAGUAGUAAUAACAGUCACAAUCAUAGCAAUAGCAGCAGCGGUAAUCAUCUGUACCAAAUCGGUGGCAAUGGCAAUUCGUCGCCGCACUCGACGGUGUCGAAUUCGUCCUCUUCCUCCCACCAUAACAGUCCGAACCACUCGAUUAACCUUAAAAAUUUGAACAACCACAAUAAUCUGCAUAGUAGCAAUAAUAACAACAAUCAUUUACCUCCCUAUCAACAACACCACCAACAACAAUCACAACACCAUCACCAAUCGCAACCCGCAUCUCUGAACUCCACCACGGGUGGAAUUGGUGGCGGUACCCCGUUGCCUCCGUUCGCUCUGGCACUGCAACAGAAGCAGCGGAGUUUCCUUACGUUCGGGUUUAGCGCCGGCUCUGGCGGUUCCGGGGCGGCACGCCGCGAAAGCCAUGUUAACGUGAACGUGACGCCCACAUCGCACGAUGCGGCCAGCGAUACGCCCGAGAUUCGGAAGUACAAGAAACGCUUCAACUCGGAGAUUCUCUGCGCCGCCCUUUGGGGAGUCAAUCUGCUGAUAGGUACCGAGAAUGGUCUGAUGCUGCUAGACCGAUCCGGUCAGGGAAAGGUUUAUCAGCUUAUAUCACGACGACGUUUCCAGCAGAUGGAGGUGCUCGAAGGCCAAAACAUUCUUGUGACCAUCUCCGGGAAAAAGAACCGGGUUCGAGUGUACUAUCUGUCCUGGCUUAAGUCGAAGAUUCUGCGAACUGACGGAAUGGGUGAUCAACAAGUGGAACGCCGAAACGGAUGGAUCAACGUGGGUGAUCUGCAGGGUGCGGUCCACUUCAAGAUCGUAAAAUACGAACGUAUCAAGUUUCUGGUGAUUGCUCUCAAGGAUUCGAUCGAGAUAUACGCUUGGGCACCCAAACCGUACCACAAGUUUAUGGCAUUUAAGAGUUUCGGUGAGUUAAUGCACCGCCCGCUGCUAGUUGACCUUACCGUGGAGGAGCAGACGCGACUGAAAGUGAUUUACGGCUCGGCGGAAGGCUUCCAUGCGGUCGAUCUCGACUCGGCUACCGUCUACGAUAUCUACCUUCCUAAGCAUACUCAGGGUCCAAUCUCACCGCAUUGCAUCGUAACGCUGCCCAAUUCCAACGGAAUGCAGCUACUGCUUUGCUACGACAACGAGGGCGUUUAUGUUAACACCAUGGGACGGGUGUCGAAAAACAUCGUUCUACAGUGGGGCGAAAUGCCAACCUCAGUGGCAUACAUCGGCACGGGUCAGAUCAUGGGCUGGGGCAAUAAGGCAAUUGAGAUUCGUUCGGUCGAAACCGGUCACCUAGACGGUGUCUUCAUGCACAAGAAAGCCCAACGGCUCAAGUUCUUAUGCGAACGAAACGACAAGGUGUUCUUCAGCAGUGCCAAAGGUGGUUCAUCCUGUCAAAUCUACUUCAUGACGCUGAACAAACCCGGAAUGGCCAACUGGUAACGUGGGAAACAAUCCGAAAGCUCGAGAUAAACAAUUUGUUGUAGGGAUAGAGUGAAUGAGAAAUAAACAGUAGUGUGUGUAUGAGGUAUUAUGGAUGCGAACAAUUUACCCUAUGCUAUGCAGAACAUUCUGUUACAGUAGUAAGUCGUCCUUUGACGGGGGGUUUUACAAGCUCUUAGAAAGUUUAGUUCUUUUUUCAUGGCGAACAGGCAAAUGAGAAAAGUGCUUAUAGUGACGGACAAGCACAUACGAUUAAGUAAAUUGUGUUAGUGAGACAAUUGUAAAGGAAAUUCGUAUAUAUACAUAGAAAUAAUAUCAUUAAGCGCUUAAUGUUUAAAUCGCAUUAUCCGUGCUGAAACAAUGGUUUUCAAAUCCCCGAGGUCUCCCUUCAUUUCCCAAGGAGAUCGAGGAACACCUUUCCCAGUGGGAUAAUCGAAGAGGCACCCCUUCUUUUCGCCACCAUUCUGUUCACCUUUUCAAUCAAAAUCAGCUUCUUCCAACGCGGAAGGAAUAUACGUUUUGAAUGUUGCAAAGUGCGACAGUAAGCGCAAAAAUCAAUCAAAUUAAAUUUACUCAAACUCAAUCGUUUCCCUUCUCACACAACCCAUUAAUCAUAAUCGUCGUCAUUAAGAAGCAUAGAGUAGCCAAAAUGAGAGACACAUUUUAACACGAACAAAGCGGACCGAUUGUUUUAGAAUUUUGUAAAUAGCGAAGAAAUUGAACGCAAGUUACCCUACGUUCCAUUUCACUCUCGCAAAUGCCGUUGUAAUUAGUUAUUGCACUACUUGGAAAAUCUACUUUGAAGACUUCGGGAAAAACUUUUAGAAAUUCAUGAAAGGCAGAUUCAAGGCUCCACAGAAUUUUGAUGGCUUUCCAAAUUUUGUGGCAGUCUCAGUAUUUAAAAAAAAUAAUCAAAAAAAUCAACCUUUUCUGUUCCUUUUCUAAUAUUUUUAUACAUGAAGCAUUAAACCUAUAUGUUUCCCUUCACAAAAUAUUAUAAUUUUCUCACUUAUAAUCGCACUAUAACUGAGGAAAGCAGUGGAGAAAUAAUUGAAGUAUUUUUUUCGAAACAAAAAAAAAUCAAGGGAGGAGAUUCAAGAUUUGAUAUUCAAUACCGUGUGGUUAUACAAAUUUCAUUUAAACUUUCUAUAGAAUCAGAACUUUGUAUUAUGUGCUGUACAAGUGCCAUUUUCUUUUUUAGCAUCCUGUUUUUAUUUUGUUCAAUUAUAUUUGUGUUUUUACGUUCUAUUAAUAAUGUGCAAUAAAAAAACUGAAACGAGCAAUUCUACCAUAUUUUAAAUUGAGCUUGAACACAGCAACAGGGAGUUGUACUGGUUACAACUAUCGAACGUUAAAAUUGAAACCAAGUCUGAAUGAAAACGCCCCGUCACGCGCCACCUAUACAUUCACUCUGAGCACUUUUACAUUCGAUCGCAUUUGCAUCAUUCAAAUACAAUUUUAAAACACACACACACACAUACACUUUCGUCAGCGAACAAAAGUUAAUGCCGAGAGAUAGUUUCAGAGAGCAGCACACGUUUAACGCAAACAAAAGCAACCAAUGCUAAACAACAAGAACUAGAAUGUAAUUAAACAAUAUAUAAUUGUAAGACCAGAAGUUAGGGACUUUUUAAAUAAAUCAAACGAAACUUCAACCAAUCGACAAACCAAUGGAUAAAUUGAAGUUUUAUGGGUUCAAUCGCCAUACAUAUAGAAAAGAAAUGCCUUUGAACAAUAUUUAGCAGAAGAAAACAAAAACUCAUUCAUAGCGAUAGCAAUAAAGCUAAACACACACACUAAUAACGUCUGAUUAUUUCAUGGCUGUUUUGAUUUACUGAAUCAAAGAAACGAAAACAAAAUUUUCACCUUUUGGCACUUUCAUUAACCCAUCAGUCUCUUAUUGGACGCUAUUAUUAGUCAUCCUACUCGAAACGUGCUCACAUUCAUAACCCAACAUUCUCAUACUCGUACUCAUAAUAUACAACCUCUCUCUCAUACGCAUACACACACACACACGUACACGCGUCACACAUCCGUUCAUGAAGUGAACACUAACACAAGUAUUCUUAGAAACGAACAAAGUUAUCUCUUUCAUAUCUUUAUUAUUAGUGGUGCGCUUUUAUUGGAUGGUAGUGUUUAAACGAAAGAAAAAAGAAAUAAUGAAGAGCGUCCCAGAAGAAAAAAAUGCCAAUACAAAAUCACACGCAUACCAGUAAAGAAAAAAACGUUUUUAUAACUUGUAAGUUGAACAAAGCUAAACACAAACACGUAUAUUUUUUCGUGGUCAUGAGUAUAGAGAUUACCCUCGUACAGACAACACACACACACACACGCAUGCAUCUUAUCUUACUCUAUAAUUAUUGAACAAAAAAUGAUUAAGAACAAAUCGAAGUGGUAAAAAAACAAAUCUUUUAAUAAAACAAAAAUAUUAUGAAUAUAUAAACGAAUUGAAAGUAAUUA